AUGGGCACUGAGUUGCCAAAAACUCAUGAUUCAAGUGGUGAUUCAGACUCAAAUAGUGAUUCUGAGAAUAGCAGCUCCAGUGAGUCAUCAAGAAGUGAAUGGGAAUGUUCCGAUGCUAAACAAAGUGCUUCACGUAAGGCACACUUCUCAGUAACUUCCUGUGACACUGGUUUGAAAUUAAAGAUUGCUGCUAUACCACCCAGAAAAGUAUCACCAAAAAGGACCAGUAAACCAUCAGUGAAAAAGAAAUUAACUAAUAAUAAAAGUCAAAGCAAGGAUAGAACACCAGUGAAAAAGAAAUCUCAACUUUCUGAUACUACUUCGAGCUCUGAAUCAUGUAGUAAAUGCUCAUCGGAUUCAUCAAGCGAUGAUGAUUUGCCGCUUAAAGCAGUUUCAAAAUCAUUACCAUCAAAAUGUUCAGCUAAAACGCCUACAAAGCUGAAAAGUACUAACAAGAAUGAUAUUGAAGAUGGCAGAAAACUGUGUGACAUCAAGGAUAGUGGGACGAAGGUAAACAAAGAUAAACAAUGUGCCUCCAAGAGCAUAAGUAAUAUAAGAAAAACUAAAAGUGAUGAAUCUACACAUGACAUGAAGAGAGGAAGGGGGCGACCAAGAACUAAGUUCGCUUCGGGUGCGACGGAGAGUGUGGCGUGUGGAACUAGUUCAUCAUCGUCUAGUUCCUCGUCAUCUUCGUCGUCAUCAUCUUCAUCAUCAUCGUCGUCUGACUCGGACACGGCAGACGCUGCUGGCGGGUCCGCUCAUGCUUCGCCUGAUGAUUCCAAUGCCGUGCUGGCCGCGGACUGUCCGCUACAAAUCAUCGACGAUGCAGACCUUGCGGAACUAUUUCCAGAACAAACAUCGAGCGCGCCGGCGCAACAGCCCAAUUUCUCGACCUUUGCUGUCCACAACGCCGCGCCGGAUAACGACGACAAGUCGAUUGCUGAUAAUGGUGAUGGAUCCAGUAGUGAGAUGGAACUUACACCACAGUUGGUGACAGCAGCAAUACAAAGGGCAACGGCUGACUCGUCAGGGUCGGAAAAUGAGUGUUCUAACUCUGCCACCGGCCAUCAGAACACGACACAUUAUGCGUCCAGCCUGUUACAACAGUUCGUGGCCCAGACGCAGCUACUAAGCAGUACGGCGCCGUUAACAUCAAUCAACUCGGCGGCGACAACUUCGUUAUCAUGUGGAUUAAAUCCUACUACGAUAGACGGAGUUGGCACCAUCAGUGAUUGUGUUCUCGGACAGAUAAACACUUUACCGGAGAUGGCACCUAUAGCGCCAAACUUUUUAUCAUCAAGUCAACACUUGAGUCCGCAACAAACAGAAGAACUUUCCCAAAAUUAUAAAGAUCUCGAAGAAAUUACUUCUGUGGCAGAUUCUGUGGAUAUAUCAAUCACUAAUCCACCGAGCCUCGAAGAUUGUGUUGAUAAUAAUGACUUCAUGACAUUAGACAUUGCACAAGGAGGCUCUGAACUGGGAAGUGCCAGCGAUUUGAUGAAAAGCUCGCCCAUCACCGUGGUCGGUACAGAUUUAAAUAAUUUAAGUCAUAUUGAUUCUCAAAAGUUAGAUACAAUCAGUACGAAUUCAGUUGAAUCUCAAGAAGAUGUUAAGAAUGUUAUAGUAGAAUCUAGAAGAAAAAGAGGCAGGCCUCGAAAAGUUCGAAAAGCUGAUGAAUUUGAAAGCAAGGGUAUAGAAUCUCAUAAAGAAGCUAAAUCUGUAGUAAAUGUAAUAAAUUUCCACAAUAAUAACGACCCACCAAACGUGUCACCGGAUUCGGGAAUUCUGUCGAAUCACAAUUCACCAACACAUUCCCCAUUACGACGGCACGAUGUAGAUGAGGGCCACAGUAGAAUUGGUAGAAAAUCUAUUCAAAAAGAAAACACCACAAGAAGGGCAAUGCGAUCCAAGUCCAAAACUAGAAGUCGGGCACAAAAUAGGUCUGAUUCCAGUGACUGUGAUUAUCAAAAGAAGAGGAUUGAGAACGAAAUCAAACAAAUAAAAACUGAAGCACCGUCACCAAUCCCUUUAAAACAAGAGCAAAAUAAAUUUGAAAAGUCUAAGAAAAAUGACCACAAACUAGAUAUAGCUGCUUUAGAUAGAAUGUUAUACGCCACUGACAGAGUGUUGUAUCCUCCCAGAAAAAAAGUAGGACGUAAACCACAAAGUAAAGCUAAGUCUACUAAAAAUGCUCCUAAAACCUUAAAAGACAAAAAUCAGUAUGACUCUGGUGACAGUGAUGAAGACUCAGUGGUACCUACUAAUAGGUCGGUGCUGUCAGGAGUGUACGCUAAACGUAAAGAACUAAAUAGCAAACUCGCGAGUUUACCCAAAAAGAACAAUAAAACUUUUGGCAACACUUGGAGAGAUAAUCAGAGUGAAAAUGAAGCAGCUGCAGAUGAUCCACUAGACCCAACGUGGAAGCAAAUCGACCUAAAUCCUAAAUAUAAAGACAUAUUAUCGGGAUAUAAAAGUGAUCAUGAAUUCAAACCGUAUAAAAGUUGUAGUCGCCUCAUAGAGUCAGGCUACAAGAGUGAUUACGGGUGUCGAUCUGGAUAUAAAAGCGAUUACUACCGUUCAGGCUAUAAAAGUGACCAUAAGUCGGGUUACAAAAGCGAUAAAUCGGGAUAUAAAACGGACAACAGUGUCAGAAGUAUGCGACGGCGAAUGAGAAAAUUGAAGAAGACUAGAUCAGUGAGAGACAGGUCCUACUAUAAAAAUCAAAAGCACUUUGUAUCAGAUCAAGAGAUACUAGUGUUGACAAAUAAAACUUUUAGCAGCUUAACUUUAGGUCACAGUUCCAGUGAUUCUGAGUGUGAUAACUAUUUGAGGAAACCCAGUGCUAGUCCAAAAUAUGUAAGUGUUUGCACAAAAUAUCCUUUGCCAUCGAAAUACAACUUCGGAUUCUCAAAAAUGAAUCAAAAGCACAUACUAAGACUGAAUUCAUCAGAUCCGUUCGCCCCGGGACCUGUCUUUAGUGGUUUACAGCGACCAGUGACAACUUGUAAUAUAUUCAAAGUGAGUAACAACAACAAUAAUAAUACUUUACUCAAAUCUCCAAAUAAAACUGCUUACAUCGGUAAUACUUUGCCGGCGCUAAAACCCGCAUUUACGCACAAGUUUGGUUCGUCGCCUAUUUGUGUAACAGCUAAAGUUCCAGGAUCGAAAAAGGAAAACGAUAGCAGUUUUAAAUACUUUCCGAGAACACUGUCACCAAAAAAUCGAAAACAAUUAAAAAAUGGCAAUGUUGUGUUUUCAAGUGGGUCAAAGAAAGAAACUCCGCCUAAACAGCUACCCAGCAUUUUUGAGAAGGCGAAAAACAGUUAUGUUCCGAAUAAGUCCUUGUCAAGAAAUGUCUUCCUGAAUUUUAAGAAACCACACGUCAAACCGUCUUUCCAUAUCAGAAAACACAGAAGAACAGUUGUUUUAGCGCCACCUAAAAUCAAUUUAAAACCAACAGAAAGACUUUCCAGAGUAAUUGUUAAAACAGAAAACAAGCAUCAUAGACACAGAAGUAAGCGGCGACACAGAUCUCGGUCUGUCUCUAGAUGUAGAGAAAGUUACACAAAGUCUAUUGAACUUGUGGAUCAAAAGUUCAGUCAGGAUAUGGACAAUUUGAUCUCUAAUUUUAUAAAGUUGUGUCAAAUUGCACCAAAAUUAAUCACAAACGUGACGCAAAAUCCAGUUAAAACAACGGAAAAGGUAUCUACCGACGCAGCGCCUACUAAAGUGGUUAAAAGAGGAUCGAAGAAACGUAAAACAUCAGAUAAUCAAGAAAUAGCUACGCCUACAUCUAAACGAAGGCACAAGAAACAGCUGGCAGAAUCUCAGAACAAGGGUGGCAAGGAUACUAAUGAACAUAAACUCCCACUUAAAAAGCGCCAUUAUCAUAUCAAUUCCUCUACUGGUAAUUCAUUAAGCCUUAGUUUAGUAACAACAGAGUUCGAUGAGAAUUCUAAGAAUGGUACUAGCCCGGAGAAGUUUUUGUGUACUGAAACCGACUGCACAGGAGAUGUUCAAAGCAAUUCGUCUGAAGAUUCACCUAAAACCAAAACUCCUUCAGAAAAAGGUAAGAAGGCCAGUGAUAGUUCCAAAACUGCACAAAGCACAAAUAGUCAAGACAAUAAAAUUCUGAGUACUGAACCUUCCUCGAAAGGUGCAAAAGCAGCUGAAAAUAUUUCAGAAAAAGAGGCAGAAAAUAAUGUUACUCCAACAAAAAAUAACUCUUCGAAUUCCGUACACGCAACUGACGACGAACUUUCUAUCAAAAAACCAACAGCCGAACAGUCUGAACUUUCGAAGAAGAUUUAUGAGACAUCAGAGAAAUUGAAGGCGGUACAUAAAAUGGUUAAUGAUUUAGAAAAGUCUCUACCCAAGACCAAAGAUCCUGAAGUUAAACCAGAAUGCAGUAGUAAAGAAACCAAUAAAGUGUCGUCACCAAGAUCUGAAAAUAAAUCUUCGCCUACACGCCAUUCUGCGCCCAUUGUAACGCCUAAGAAGCGUCAUAGAUUAGAAGCAGAAAAGGUUAUAUCACACUCUAGCCUCGAUCAAGUCGUACAGUCUUUAUCUAAAAAGUUAUCUGAUGACAAGUCAGGUCCAUCAGAUACUAAAGAAACCAAGGAUGUCAAUCAGAAUAACUCGAGUGAUGAUGCUAAAGAGCUGGACAAAUCAGAUGCCGUAACACCUAACAGUAGUACAUCGUCCACAAACAGUACGACUAUAGACCCGCUGAAGAGCAUGUCUGCUCGCUCGUUGUACAAAAGUUCAAUCCCGCCAGCCCAAAAAUCAGAAAUUAUGACCCGCAAGAAAAACAGACUUGAAGGACUGACAAGUAAUUUAGUUUCUAAAAUAAACCCAAGUGCAGCUACUAAAGUAUUAGAUACUUUAUUAAAUAAUAAUAUACGCAAAUCAAUAGAAUCUCGUAUUUUAGAAAAAGAGAAAAAUAGUUCAGAUCCUUCUGUUAAAGUGAUAGAAGAAAAACUUAAAAACAAAGAAACAUCACAAAUUAACACAAGAGCUACAGUUAUAAAAUCCCCAGUGUCAAAGGGUAAAGUCCUAGAGACAAAGAAAUCUAAAGCAUCGGAACCUCAAGUUGAGCAGUCGAUUGUCGUCAAUAUUGACAAACCCACAGGUAUAUUUGAGCCAUCCAUAGAUUUGGAAGACCAAAUACCAAAAUCUUCAAUUUGUGUAAGCAAUAUUUUAGCUGAUGCACAUAAAGCUAAAUCGAAAUCAAAGAGUGGUGACGGAAAGUCAAGUAAUUCUUUAUUAGCUCCCAUUGAUACUGAAUCCGAGAUACCGCUGGCGUUGAUUUCGGAAACACCGGACCCAAUAAUAAGACCUAAAAGAGGAGAAUCUAUUGCUGCAGUGAUAUCGGAUAAACUUCAGGAAACCACUGGUGGCCAUAACUUGCGACAAACUAAACGAAAUUUGAAUACCGAGAGUGACGAUCCAAAUGACAAUAAGAAAAAGAAGAAAAGUAAUAAUAUCCUACGUGAGAGUAAACUGGUUUUGCCGGCUAGAGUUUUGGUUCCAAAAGUUCAAGCUGAACGUCUCGCAAUUACAGAUUCUGCUAAGAAAAUAGGUCUGAACGCUAAAAAAUUGGAGGCAAACGACUCUAGCGACAAUAAGACGGUUGAUGCGUCAAAAAAGAAAACAAGAAGACGCAAAGCAAUUAAUAGGACUGGCUUCCCUAGCAUUAAAAGAAAGAAGAAGAAAGUUGAAAACUGUAAUCUUACUUCUGAUAGCCAUUUUACAUCUGAUACUGACAACAACUCUGCAUUCGAGCGGGUACCUAAAGAUGGUGAAGCAAUGAGUAGUUUCUUGGAACGUACCACUAGCAAAAAGGCUGAACUAAAAGUUGUGCUAAAUAAGGACGAUUGCCCUAAACAAGGUAGACUGACAGUAGUUGCUCUUGAGAAAUUGCAAGGGAAAGAUGUUGCUACCGACAAUAACAAUAAGGUAGGCAACAUUCCUGAAGUUGCAGUGAGUGAGAAGAAAGUAAUGAAUUCAUCUAUUUUGAGGGCACCUGCGCUCCAACUGAAAAGUAAGACAGAGAAAGAAGUGAAGAACCAUGUAAACAAAUGGGAAGUGCUCAGUGAAACGGACAGCAUACCAUCACUGGCUAGCUCUCUCAGUAAUGAUCCUGAAGACAGUAUACCUUUGAGCCUUUUAAAUUUAAAACCUGAUAAACCUAUGAGUCGUUUAGAUAAUUUAGAAAGAUUAAAACGUAAAACAAGAGCGAUGUCACCUUCUCAUGAAAUCGAAGAAAUAUUUUCUAAGAGAAAAGUGGUCGAGAGAAAUUGCAAAAUCGGUUUAAGACCAAAAUCGAGCCUCGCAGUCUUAUGUCCAAGUGAACGAAGACAGACAAGGAGUUCCGAUAACGUGGAAGAACCGAAACCUGCCAAGACUAAGAAGACAGACGCCAAGAAAUCUGUAGCUGAGACUGAAAAAGUAACUAAACCUCUUUCUAUUGCUAACAGAAGGAAGUCGAGGUCUUGUCAAGUUAACAAGAAACGAGAAGUGCAAUCGAGUUCUCGAGAAAGUUCUCUGGACACCGUCGUCAGCCGCAAGUUUGAUUCAAAGUCUCGUGAACCCUCAUUGGACACUCUUGAAAAUGAUCCUUUACCACUCAAUGAAAAAGAAAUUGAUUUCGAGAAGAGCAUUGAUGUAUUAUCCAAGAACAUCAUUUGCAAGAAACGCGUAGCUUCAUCACGCGACGAUAGUCCGGCGAGUAGUGUGGAUAAUAGAGAUAAACCUGUUAUAUCGAAAAGGAAUCCGCGGCUACGAAAGAAAUUUUUGGCCGCUGGAUUGUUUUCAGAUUAUUACAAGGAAGAUCCCAGGCCAGAAGGAAAAGGAAAAAAUCUGGUUACCCAAACAGAAUUCCCGCCUGGAUUGUUGGCACCGCCACCUUAUUGCGAACGUUGGGUCCGUCGCAGAUUGCAACAUUUCUCAUUGCCUUAUGAUAUUUGGUGGCAGCAGCAUUAUAACCAACCUGUGCCGUCGUGGAACUAUAAAAAAAUCCGCACAAACGUUUAUUACGACGUGAAACCAUCUGCCGAGGAAUGUGAGAGCGUUGCAUGUAACUGUGCACCAUCAUCGGGAUGUAAUGAGGAUUGUAUUAAUAGACUGGUGUACGCCGAGUGCUCACCUCAGCUGUGUCCUUGCGGUGAUAGGUGUAAGAAUCAACGUAUACAGCGCCACGAAUGGGCAUCGGGAUUGGAAAAGUUCAUGACUGAAAAUAAGGGCUGGGGCGUGCGAACUAAACACAAGAUCACUUCGGGAGACUUUAUCCUAGAGUACGUCGGAGAAGUUGUCUCCGAUAAAGAGUUUAAGGAACGUAUGGCAACACGUUACGCCCGCGACACGCAUCACUAUUGCCUGCACCUAGACGGUGGACUCGUCAUAGACGGCCAUCGUAUGGGCGGCGACGGUCGCUUCGUCAACCACUCUUGCAGACCUAAUUGCGAGAUGCAGAAAUGGACUUCUAAUGGUACCUUUAGAAUGGCACUCUUUGCCCUCCGAGACAUCGAUCCCGGUGAAGAGCUUACUUAUGAUUACAACUUCUCGCUGUUUAAUCCUGCUGUGGGCCAGCCAUGUAAAUGCGAUUCCGAAGAUUGUAGAGGUGUGAUUGGGGGAAAAUCACAGCGGAUUACUAAACAACCAGUGAAGACUCAAUCACGAACUCCAUCAAAUGCUUCGAAUCAGUCUCAAGGCUCGAACGGCAACCAGCCACGUGUGGGUCGCCCAAGGAAGGCAGUGAAAUGUAACAAGAAGUCUGAACAACAAGCUGUAAGCACGUGCGACAUCAAGACCAUGACUAUACUCAAGUACCAACAACAUCUGAAUAAGUUGUGGCAGGAGCCGCAGAUGAAGCCUCUCACUGCUAAAGAAAAGAACAUCGUUAAAGAUCGGCAUUGCUUCCUUUUAAGGAAUUUGGAAAAUGUACGCCGUAUCCGUGAAAGGCUGAAUCUGGCACUCCCAGCGUCACCUCCUCCGGUGGCACCGACCGUAUCGGCGGCGCCGUCUCCCGCGGCGGCGGCGUCGCCGGGCGCCGUGUCGCUGGGCGCCGGCGCUGUGUCGCUGGGCGCCGGCGCCGCCUGCACGGUGGACCCGCUGGCGCCCGCCCGCAGCGUCGACGAGGCGGGCGCACUCGCGCGUCUGCGCGCCUUGCGGGACGUCGCGCGCCCGCCCCGGCCCAAGGACGAUCCCACACUGCCACGCGGCCAGAGACUCGCCAUCGUCUUUAAAGCCAUCUGUCGGCUACUGAAAGACCUCAAGGAUGAAAAAGAUCGGCCAUUAUGUACUCAGCUAGUCCGAGCAAAGGCAGAGCGUGGCAAAGUCCAGGACACUGGUCCAGCCGACUUCGCAGUAAUCGAGAGCGAGUUGGAGGCAGGACAUUACGACACGGUAGCUAAGUUUGAUGCUGAUGUCAACUCGCUAUUGACAGCUGUGUUGCGAGAGAAUGGUCGCCUGUCCACUAUGGGAGGUGCUGCUGCGCAGAUUAAAAAGGCAUAUAAUACCGCGAAGUCUGAAUAUGCCGAUAUGUUAACCAAAAUACUUGGACCCGAUGAACCUCUACCGACUGGAUUCCUGCAAAAAACAAAGACUGAGGAGGUGAUCAUGUGUAUCUGCGGGCUGCACGUGGAGGAGGGCCUCAUGGUGCAGUGCGGCGCGCGCGCCUGCGGCGUCUGGCAGCACGCGCGCUGCAUGGCCGUCGCAGACACGCGCGUGCCGCACUACUGCCACCACUGCCAGCCCGCCAAGGUGGAUCGCGAAAUACCUCUCGACGAGUACACGGACGAAGGACAUCAGUUCUACCUGUCGUUGAUGCGCGGCGACCUACAAGUGCGACAGGGCGACACGGUGUACGUGCUGCGCGACAUUCCCAUCGAUGAGAAGAACCCUGACGUCAGCCAGCGACACGGCGACAAGGCCGAUAAACCAGAGUCGCCUAAAACUAAACGAGUCGAUAGAAAGAAGGUUAAGAAUAUUGCUAAAGGAAAAGAUAAGACUGAAGAAACUACACAGAAUAAGGAGGGUGAAGUACGCAAGCACACCUACCAGACAAUUGGAGAAAUCUCAGUGUCGGAGUUGGACAUCUUCCGCGUGGAGAGGCUGUGGAAACACAAGGACACGCAGGAACGAUAUGUAUACGGUCACCAUUAUCUCAGACCGCACGAGACUUUCCACGAGCCCACGAGAAAAUUCUUCCACAAUGAGGUGAUGCGAGUGCCACUGUACGAGGCGGUGCCAAUAGAACUUGUGAUGUCGCAGUGUUGGGUGAUGGACCUCAACACAUAUUGCAAGGGCCGGCCGGUGGGCGCGGCGGAGGCGCACGUGUACAUCUGCGAGCUGCGCGUGGACCGCGGCGCGCGCCUGUUCACGAAGGUGUCGCGGCCCAAGUACCCCAUCUGUACGCGGCCCUACGCCUUCGACCACUUCCCGCAUCGACUCAAGAUCACGCGCACUUACGCGCCUCACGAAGUUUCUCCAGAAUACUUAAAAGGAAAAGCAGCUAAAAAUGCCGCGGCUACAGAGAAAAGUAAUAAGAAUACGUCCAAGGACGUUAAAAAGAAAAUGCCGGCUGUUGCUCUUUCGGAGACUACCAAGAGCGCGGCGGGGCGCGCGGCGCAGAAGGAGCGCGUGAACAACAUCGCGCGAGGGCUGCUGGCGCGGCUGGGCGCGCGCGGCGCGGCGCUGGACGCCAGCUACCUGCUGGCCCCGCGCCGCGCGCGCCGCGCCCUGUCCUGA